AUGGUGAGGGAGGCGCACGAGCUCCUGGACGGUAGUAGACCCAUCCCCAUCGAUAAAAUCACGUACGAGCUAUCCCAGAAUAUCAUCUUGGCAUUUGACAGCAACGAACUGGGCUCAAGUAAAGACACGCAGAUUGAAGUGGAGACAAGAAUAGGCUUCGUAAUAGACAAAAAUAAAAAUAGGAUUAGAUUACCAAGCAACACAGAUGCCAUCGUAGAGAAUAAUUAUUCCGAUUUCUCCUCAGGGGUGGACAAACACUCCUUUGAGUAUCUGCUAAAUUAUUUACACUCCCUGCGGGGAAAGGAUGGGAACAAAUGGGGCGCCAACUAUGGGCAAGUCUGCAAUGGGGUGGACAAGGCACAUAUGUUAAAGGUGGACAAAGGAACAGAAGGAAAUGCGUGUACUGAUGGAACGGCACAAAAUGGGAAUAGAAAUAUCCACCCAUGUUAUGGAGAAGAGAAAAAUAGCCAAAGGGAAAAUUAUAUAUAUGAAUUUUUUUCAACAAAAAAGGUGAGAAGUGUAGAUAAGUAUUACGUUCUGCAAAAUGAGAAUUCUCGAGUUCGUGUUACAACUUAUUUGGAUGAAGACUCAGGUGGGGAAAACGAAAGUAUGGCAAAGUCUCUGUGCAAAAGGAAUUUAAAUACGUGGAAUAUCUACAUGGGCAAUAAUAAAGACUACUUUGAUGAUGAUGACGACGAUACUGAUGAGGAUGAUGAAGAGAAUAGCAAAGGGAAGAAGAAAAGGAAGACUGACCACGGUGAGAGUGAGCAUCCACGAUCCGGCGACGAAUGUGUAGAUUAUCGAAUAGCGAUUAAUCUGGAGCAGACCAAACGAAUAAGCAAAUUAUUUCUGUCAAAACUUUCGCCUGUACACGAAAGAGUAAAAGAAAGGACAUCCUUCAUAAAUAAAUUUUUGGGGAUACAACUGGACUUAACCAAAAUUAAAACGAAGGAUGAUGGAGGAGAAAUUUACGAAAUUGAAAUUGAAAUUCUUUCGAAGAGUAUUUUAAAAGCUAUGUCCAAUUUACGCUAUAAAAAUGAUUCAAAUUAUUUACUUUUUAUUUGUUCGAAUUUGAUAAAUAAUGCGCGGGGGAUAUGUAGGGAGUUGUAUAAUUUUAGGAAGAGGCAAACUUUGGGGAAAGAAGUCGCCUUGGAUGAUGGGGGGGGCAAGGGUAUGCAAAGCACUUAUGUACACCCAUCGAGGGAAAAAAAGAAAUUUGAAAAAUAUGUGCACUCUGUCACCCCUAUUAUUGGCGACUACAUGUACAGGGUUGUUGCCAAAAAUGAAGAAAAAAUUCACGCAAUACUGCAGGAGGAAAAUUUAUCCAACAGGAGCAAAAUCGAGGCUUUGCAGAAACUUAUCGACAUCCGACGCCACAAUAAGAAGUCAGUAAAGAAGAUUAGCGAGACAUAUGCAGAGAAUCGCUGGAGAGUUGUGCGUACGCAGGGUGCGCAGGGCGAGGUAGUAUUGGUCAGCGAGGGGAGCGAAGGAUCGGAAGAAUCAGACGAAAUGGUCGAAAUGGAGAACGUGGAACCAACAGGAUUCAAUUUCGACAACAGCAGCGCUAGUGGCUCCGAAGGGGGAGGAGAUAAAGGCGAAAAGGACAACACAAAGAUCGAUAACAGUAAAUAUAAGAAUUUCUACAGCGAUACGUAA